AUGUUCAUCUCCAAUUCCCUUGUCCUCGCAUUCGCGAGCACUCAAGUUCUUGCCUCCAGACUCUUUGUUGCAUCGUAUGCCGGGACUGUUAGUACAUUGUCUCUAACGGAAGAUGCAAGUGGUGCAUAUUCAUUGGGUCUCAUUGCGACAUCCACAGCUUGCGCUGCUAAUUCAUCGUGGAUUACUAAGGACUCUGAACGUGAUGUUUUGUUCUGUGCGGACAGAGGUUUGACUUCGGACCAUGGAACUCUGAAUUCUUUGCAAAUUCAAAGUGAUGGCUCGUUGAAGGCUUUGGAUAGAAUUCAGACGCCAGUGGGUGCGGCCGCAACGGUGUUGUAUGCGAACAAUACCGGGUUGGCAGUGGCUUUCUAUUCUUCGAGUAGCGUAGGCAGUUACGAUGUCACGUCAGACACCAACAUGCUCCCCCUCCAAACCUUCACCUACAAUCUCACCACCCCGGGUGCAGACCCAGAGUACGAAACAGCACCACAUCCCCAUGAAGCCAUUACCGACCCCACCGGACGUUUCGUCCUCGUUCCAGAUCUCGGCGCUGAUCUCGUGAGACUCUACUAUAUCAACCCAAAAACCAAGUUGUUGGAACCACUUGCCCCAUUGAAAACACCUACUGGUAGCGGACCCAGACAUGGAAACUGGCUGGUUACGAAAUCCGCAACUUACUUUUAUUUGGUCAGCCAAUUGACCAAUAAACUUACCGCUUACAAGGUUACAUAUAACAGCAACAAUACUUUGAGCUUUGCCGUAAAGUUCACAAGAACUUUGUUAGAGACCACUACCCCAGGUCAAGAAUUGCAGUUCUACAGCGCCGCGUCCGGAAUCCAGAUUACGCCCGACAACAACUUCCUCAUCAUCUCCCAACGCAACGACACCCACUUCAGCAUUCCCGACCCUUCGUCAUCCUCCUCCACACCAAGUACCAUCCCCUCUGAUUCCCUCCUCACCUAUUCCCUCAACCAUAACAAUGGUAACUUCUCGCUCAUCUCCAUUGAUGCUGCUGGUGGUAGCUUCCCUAGACAAUUCAGCAUCAACAAGGCUGGAGAUUUGGUAGCUGUAGGCUUGCAAAAUGAUGGGAGAUUGGUCAUUAUCAAGAGAGAUGUGCAGACUGGAAAGGGAUUGGAAAUCGUAGCGGCUAUGGACAUAGCCGGACAGGUUGUUUGUGCUGUUUGGGAUGAAGAUUCUCCAAGCACAUCUCAAUUGAGCGAGGUCUUUAAACAUCGUUAA